CACAGAAUGAAAGAUUUCUCCGACCUUGUGUUUUCUGAACCUAGAAAAUCUUCCGGAUAUUCUCAAUUCCCAAACCCAAACCUGAACCUGGAGUCAAAAUCUUCUCUUUCCAAUCAUAGUUAAGCGAAUACAAGGCAAUAAAUGCAACAUUUUGUCAAAUAAAAAUAUGCAAAAUAUGGGGAUAAAAUCUAACUGUUUAUUAAAGUGAUCUGAUUACAAGCAAGCAAAUUCAUGAUGAAAUAUAGGUGAAACCGAUGCUUGUGAAAAGAAACAAUGUUAUACAGUUAAUACGGUCGUGUUAGUCUGCUUUACGGCACCAUGAUGUACAGUUAAAGCAUGGUUUAUGAUAAAAGUUAUGUCCAGUCCUCAGUAUGAAUCUAAGAACUUACAAACUGUUCGGGCGGAGGGAAACAAUGUUCGUCACUGAAUGAAAUUCAAUGAGAUGCCGCGCUCCGUCGCGGAGCGCAUAGAUCGCAGUUCACUCAGUCGCGCCAGUGUCGGCAAGGGUAGUCUCGGUAGAUUUUCUGUCGCAACGGACAUUUCAGCAAGCUCGGCUGCAACGCGACACUGGGUGAACUCCGUGUCGGAUAUAUAUGGUCCGGACGAAAUAGAGGAUUUACUCCAGGACCUAAACAGACUUGAACUAGCAACCUUUAACAGAGAGGACUACAGGGAGUUUGAUAUAGACGGAUCCCAGCUUGGAGGUUUAAAUACAUUCCCUGUAUCUCCAGUUAAGAUUCCGCCCAACCAGGAUCCGCCCUCUCCUACUCUCUCCGUCCGAUCCUGGGACAGUCAUACACACUACCAGCAGUUCAAGGAACCCCCUGAUGACUACUGGGUAUCCGGUCCCCCCGGCCAUCUAGUCCGACCUCUCCAUGCUGUAGUCUGCUAUUGUGAUAUUAAUCUACUCAAAACACCGAAAACCUUGUUACGGGUCUUAGUCUUGAUAACUAGUGUUGCUUGUUUUACGAGUUUGCUGAGCGCUGGAACUGCCAAAUUAAGUGUAAGUGCGUUGCCGCACAUCACUAAACUUCGGAUCCUCGUAGUUGUGAGUGUGUUCAGCGCCAUGUUUUCCCUUUUAGUCGUCUUCCUCAACAUAUCCCAUCUUCACGCUCUCCUCCCAAUGGACUAUGGAAAAAUGCAAUUUGUUGUGUACCUGGUAGUGGGAUUUCUGUUUCUUAUCAGUUCUAGUCUCGUCCUCUUCGUUCAAAUCUCCAACUCCAGUUCAGAAUAUCAGUCCUGGAUCCCACAAUACUCAAACCCGUUCGUCCUAGCUUCAGCGAUAUUAGGGUAUAUAUGUGGUCUGGAGGCUUUUUUGUGUUCCUUUGACUCCUUCCGAAGCGCUAGGUACCAGAAAAUGGAGGAAAGUUCAACAAACUUCACCCUUCAUGAAACUGCCACUUCUCGGGCUGUGACCAACGAAUCCAUCGUCCCCAGACCCAACCCUCCUCCUGCUCCUCGUCCAAUAGUUCGAUCCCAAGCUGAGAGAUCGGGGUUUUCUAUAGCAAAUCAAAACUUUCAACCACCCCAAGUUUCCCAACCCUACACAAACAUAGUUAAAUACAACCUCCAACCUAAGCACAAUGGAGGCCGUGAGCUGACCGGAGCUCCAGUAACUCUCGAUCUAUACAAAAGGUCAGCCUCCCCAGAUACAUUGUAUUCUCCAAGUGUAUCCCAGCCUGGUUCUCCUAACUUCACCUACUCCGGUCCAGGGAUACCACGAAGUAGGGUUCCAACACUCUUCUCUCGGGAUUUGCGGAGCAGGUUUUCAGAACUUGAGUCCGGAACAUUUGAACUUGAAACCUCUAAAGAUCAUUCAGGACAAUUGAAUGGAGAUUCAGGAAGGAGUAAACACGAGAAGGAAGAAAGUAGUUUAGUGAACCAGUUCUCAAGUUUUAAUCAAAUAUCUCCGCGGGUACAGGAUAGUAACGGAGAGAGCUACACCAAAAUAAGAUAUUCAGGUUACGUUGAGACAAGUGAUAUUGAUAGCAGCUGGGAUUCUAAACAUGGAGAUAACAGUCAUUCUGUGUUUCAAACCUCACCAGCCCGACUAAGGACUAGUGACGUUAUUACUAAUCAUACCCGGAGUAGUUCAGACCCGUUGAAUCCUUUAAACAAUAAUUCUAGGCUUCAUUGUAAAACUGAAUAUAAAAACUUACAUUCUGACCCAAGAAGGGAAACCGGAGCAAUUCCUAAAACCAAGAAAAGCAUUGUGCCAUUGAGUCCCGUCCAUCCGGACCAAAUUAUAUCCUUUCCUAUAGAUGAUUUAACUCCUCCGACCAGUGCAGCGGCAAAGACAAAAUCUUAUCACAAUUAUGCUCAUUAAUGAUUUCCCCCGAUGAAAGAAGAACCUUUAUUAAAGGUUUGAAAAGGGAAUAAAAUUAUAUAUUCAACAAGGACUUUCUUCCUGUCACCACUGUAACCUUGUACUAGCCAUUUGUAAUUGUUGGCUAAAAAGUGCAACUUGUUACAUACUUUUCUUAACAAUAUGGAUUUUAAAGCCAUUUCUAGGUUCGAGCCAGGCACUUUAUCCUGCUCAAUUUUUAUGUACUUAAGCACUAAUAUUUAGAAAUUGUUAACGGAAAACUGAUAAAAUGAUAUAUUGUCAAGUAGUGUACACUUAACACGUGGCCUCAGCUUCCGGUUUUGGCGCCAAACUAUUUUCUCUGACCAAGAUGGCAAAACAAACUUGGAAGUUUUUUAAUUUACGUCUUGCAUUCAUGAUUUAUUUUAAGCUUUUUUGUAAACAUGUUUUAAAGUUUUAUAUUUGAAUGGUAUAUGGUGAAACAGAAUUACUCGAUAUUUGCUUCUAAUUAUCUUAUUUGUAUCAAAAUAUAAUGUGAACCAUUCAAUGAUAGUUUUACAGCUAGCUAUGUAAUUUGUGUUUAAGAAACAAAUGAAAACGUUUUACUAGUUUAGUCACAAACUGGUCCGUCCCUACAAAUUAACAAGCACAAUUAUUGUUAGUUAGCAAAAAUUAAAGAUUUGAAAUGUUAAUUGCUUGUCUCAAGACUGAUAGAUAUAUAGCUAAAAUUCCAUCCCAGAUAAAGCAUUGAAUGGUCGGAAUAAAGAAAUGUCUAUUAUAUUUUAACAAACAACUGUUAAAUUGAUUAAAUUGCAAAUAAUUUUAUAUGUAUCAUAUUGGUGAAUAUUUUUUAAAGUAAACAUUUUCUUGUUAAGACCUAAUACACAGUUAGAUCUAACCUUUGAUAAUUCUAGUAAUUUAUUGUAAAAUCUAAAUUUGUGUGCCUGCAAAAAAAAUCACCGAAGAAUUUUUAUGGUGAAACUUCAUAAUGUUACACAUUUUCAAUGUUUGCCAUCAAUAUUUUCAGUUGCUUGAUAUUAUUAAUAAAAUAUUUAGUAUGUAUUAAUUCAACUUAGAAACGUGUAUGCUUGCUUUGAAAAAUUAUUUCCUGUAAAAAUGAAUCAUGAAUUCAAGACGGUUUUGUGAAGAGGAGACCGGAUCUCUAGAUUCUGUUUUAAAAACAAAUCAAAGAUUAAAUAUAAUUGAAAGUGUUCGGUAUCCUGGUUUCUUGGUUCUUAUCUAUAUAAUAAAACAAGACAUUCGUUAAAUGUUCCCUCUGACCGGUCAAACGGCUGGACCGAAUGAGCUGUAUUUUUUGUGGACACUCAUGGGAAGCCUGGGAGUGACAAAGGCGGUAGAAAAUUCGAUUUUUUACAAAUUUUUUUUGUAUUUUUUUUUGUUUGUUUCACAGGCAACGCCGGGCCUUUCAGCUAGUUCUUUAUAAGUAUAUAUAUGAAUAUGGUUCAAAUCGGAUAUGUUCGAAAAUGAAAAAUUUGGCAUUGUCUUAAAAACGGUCAAGGGGUUUACCGUAAAAAGAUCUCAUAUUAUAAUUUGACUUCAGAAUUAAUUUAAUAAUGAAAAUUGUUGUUCUCGAGUUUUAUAAAUGAGUUUGUUUAGAUUUUUCAAUUUUUUUACUAUUUAUAAACUAAAUUAGGAAAAAUUUAAUUUUUGGGCUUUUUGCUUUCAUUCAGCAAUAUUAUUUUUGGGAGGGGAGGUGGUUGUCUUUAUCUGCAAUUCAUUGUGGGCAAGAAUGUAAGGCCUUACAUUCAUUGAUUGUGGGGAAGUGAUCAAUUUGAAUUAGAAAUUUUGGCUUUAUGAAUAACAUUCAUCAUUUUAUUUGAUCAAUGUUUCAGGAAGAUGGUAUGUGUCAAAACAGACUCAUUUGCCUAGAACAAGGAAUUUUUAAUAUGGCAGGAUUUAUAGUAACACUUUUUAAUCUAUUGACAGCUUUUAAAAAACAAACUCCUUGAUACCGGUCUCUUCAACACACGUUGUAUACAAUAUAAGUUGUACUGUAAUACACGUGUUUUAACUGAUUUAUACGAAGAUGCGCAAUAAUAAAAUUGUUUUAUCCUAA